AUGCAAACCAUUUUUGCAGAAGAGCCCUGGGCCCUUCGACCAGCUUAUCACAGCUUGUCGGGUUUUGAUCUACGCCACAUUUUUCCUGACAUUCUGCAUGCCUAUCACCUGGGCUGUGGGAGAGAUCUACUGGGGUCAGCUUUGGUUGAGAUGGUUACAGCCGCUUUUUUUGGUGUGGGAAGCAUCGAGCAUAGGCUGGCUGAAGCUACACGUCGUCUUAAGCAAUAUGCCAAACAGCAGAAGCUGAACCUUCGCUUGAAAAAACUGACGAAGAGCAAAUUGGGCUGGUCAAAGACGAAGUACCCAGAACUGAAAAGUUCUGGCUUUGACACUUACGUCGUGCAGCAAUGGUUGCUGCAUGAAAUCAGUGCCGUUGCUGAUCCGGGUUUGGAUGCCAAGUUGGUUUUGGCACUUUGGGCUAGCAAUCACGCUAUUUCACUGUGGUCGAAUAAUGGUACCCGUUGGCUCAAUGAUGAUGAAAAGCGGAAUGUCCGCGAAGCUGGGCUGCUGUACUUGAGAUGCUAUGUGAGUUUGGCCGAGAAUGCCCUUCAAGGGCAGAGACGAUUAUACCGCAUCCGCCCAAAACUCCACUUGCUGCACCACCUUUUUGUGAGAGAUGGUUAUGCAAACCCUCACUGCUACAGUACGUGGAUGGACGAAGAUGCGUUAAAGCAUUUGAUGAAAACGUUGCGCUGCACAGACCGAAGGACUGCAGAAGAGCGACUGCUGCAAAG